AUGACCGCUAUUUUACCCCCCAUCCCAAGGCUGGUCUUCACCGUUCUUGAGCCAAUAUCACUUCUUGCUGGCGCAGUGGCACCAUUUGUCUCUCCAGAAUGGUUCAUCGCCGAGCAGAUCGCCUUUUCGACUGCCGGCCCAGUCACGGCCAACGCCCGCAUGGUGGCAUAUCAAUUAGGAAACAUUUAUCUCCUCCUUGCGAUGGUGGGCAUCGCUGUGCUGUCUAGCACCACUGAAGCCAAAGUAGUGAGGAACUAUUUGGUUGCAUUAUGGCUUGCAGACAUCAGCCACGUGGCAAUCACGUCCUACAUCUUGGGACCAGAGCUGCUCCUAGAUAUUGCGAAUUGGAACCCGAUGACCUGGGGAAACAUCGGCGCUACCGUCCUACUUUUCGCAACUCGAACUGCUUAUUUACUUGGACUCUUUGGGCCGGAUCGCAAGCCGUCGCCUGUAUCUCGUAGUAACAAGAAGCUCCAGUGA